AUGGUUGUCGUCAAAUAUGCUCAGGAUGAAGCACGCCAUCCACCACUACCAUCUCGUCUUCGCCAUUCCCUAUCAAAGCAGCGUCAGAGAAGCGCACGCAUUGUCUCUACCGCGUCCAUAGCUCCCGAAGGCAAAGCCACCUUAGUCUCGUCGAUCAGCAACCUCACCAACACCAUCAUCGGCACCGGAAUGCUUGCAACGCCUGGAGCGUUCAAGUACACCGGUUUGGUUUUGGGACCCUUGCUCAUUGUUUUCUGCGGCUUUACUGCUGCUCUUGGACUCUACCUGCUCACACGAUGCGCCGCUCGUGUCGGCGGUCGCAAGAACAGCUUCUUCACCAUCGCCAGCCAAGCCCUGCCCGCGGGUGCGUGGUACUUUGACCUCGCCAUCGCACUCAAGUGCUACGGUGUCAGCAUCUCCUACCUUAUCAUUUGCGGCCAACUCAUGCCGCAGGUCAUCAUGAGUUUCUUCCGAGCUUUCAAUAGAGACGUCCAUCAGAUCCCGCAACUCUUUCUCGAUCGAAGCUUCUGGAUCUUGGCGCUGAUCAUCCUGCUCAUCCCGCUAUGCUUUCUGCGAAGGCUCGACUCAUUACGGCAUACUUCAUAUCUCAGCUUGCUCGCGGUGUUGUAUUUGGUGAUCAUUGUGCUGCACUACAGCUUUAGUAGUGACGCCAAGGCUACGCUUCCGCCAAAGGGCGAGGUGGAGCUCGUCAAUCUGUCGUGGCACACGAUUAGCAUCUUCCCCGUAUUUGUUUUUGCCUUCACGUGCGCGCAGAACAUGCUUCCCGUCUACAACGAACUAUUCAACAACCACGAGCGUCGGGUAAAUUCUGCGAUUGGUUCGUCGAUCGGGACGGGUGCCACGGUGUACUUGAUCGUCGGCGUGCUGGGAUAUCUGAGCUUCGGUGGAAAUGUUGGCGAUAACAUCAUUGCUAUGUAUCCGAGCACCAGCUUGUUCGUCUGCUUCGGUAGGGUGAGCAUCAUCAUCCUGACUAUCUUUAGCUAUCCGUUGCAGGUGCAUCCGUGUCGGGCGAGUUUGGAUAAAGUCUUUUCGAGAGCUAGUCGACGUCAGCAGAUUCUGGACGAUGCUGCUGCUGCAUCUGCCAUGGAUGGGGCAAACGAAGAGGCUGAUGCGAUAGAGCCGUACCACGACGACGACGAGGAUGCCAUCGACGACGAGGAAGCUCCGCUGCGGCCGUCCUCAUCGCAGACGACGCAUCAAGCAGCGCAAGCGUCGGACGACGACAUUCCUCUCGCCAAAUGGUGUUUCAUGACCGCCGCUAUCCUCAGCACCACCUUCGUCAUCAGCCUACUGGUCGACGACCUCUCGAUCAUCCUCGGUUUCGUAGGCUCCGUCGGCAGCACCACCAUCAGCUUCAUCCUCCCUGGCGUUCUCUACGCAUCCCUCUUCCGUGAUCAGCCCAACUCGAGACUACGAAAAGCAGCCGUCGCUCUCGCUGCUUGGGGUGUCAUCGUGCUGGUCGUCGCCUUGUCAGCCAAUAUCCUCAAACUCGUCCAUGCGCAAGUGCCAAGUUCGCUUCUCGUCACGACCGUCGCAAAGGGUAGACCCUAG